UCCAGAGAGCAAGGGGUUCGUUGUUCCCACCCGCUGUGCGAGUCUUCCCAAAGGCGGAUCGGCUCACAUCUCCGGGAACCUCAUUCAACAGCCCCUUGCGCCGAUAUGACGCAAAUCGAGGCGCAGUUUAAAGGGAAGUAGCGGGCGUAUCUGGUCUGAGCUGAAGAGUAAAAGCCAGGAGUAUGUAAGAGACUUGCCCAUAGAUAGAGGCACGGUCUCCCAGCUCGUUCGAGCAGCCAGCAGCAGCUCCCUGUGAAAAUGAAUGAGAUCAAACUGGCGGUGUUAGGAACUGAUGGAGUUGGGAAAUCCGCUCUCAUUGUUCGAUUUCUGACCAAGCGGUUCAUCGGCGAAUACGCUUCCAACUCCGAGUGCAUCUACAAAAAACGACUAAGCAUAGAUGGAAGACAAAUGAAUUUAGAAAUAUUUGACCCUUGUUCCCAACAUUCUGCGAGUAAAUCUUCAUUGAUUGAUCAAGUAAACUGGGCUGAUGGGUUUGUUGUGGUGUAUGAUAUCGGUGACCGAUCCUCCUUUGUGUCUGCGAAAGCACUUAUUAGACGAAUCCGUGAAUUAAGUAGUGAAAUUUGCAAACGGGAGGUUACAUCAGCGAUAUUUCUAGUUGGCAACAAACAAGACUUGUGCCAUGUGAGAGAAGUUAAAAAGGAGGAAGGACUGCUCUUAGCCGGAGAAAACAAAUGUCAAUUUUACGAACUAUCAGCAGCUGAACACCACCAGGAAGUGGCGAUGAUGUUUUCAAAGGCCAUCAGGAAUGUAAGCGGGAGCCGCCGGAGAAGACCGAGUGGUUCAAAAUCUAUGGCCAAGUUAAUUAAUAAUGUAUUUGGUAAAAGAAGAAAAUCUGUCUAGUGUGACAGAAACGUUUUCAUACUGAUGUAUACCCAUGUAGGCUCACUAAUAUCUGAUGUUUCAUUUUUUUCUGAAUCACACUCUGUAUUAAAGUUAAUUGAUUCAGAUUUGCAGAGAAAGAACCCCAGAAAGCCAGAAACAAUUGGUGUGUGUUACACGACCAGUUGAAAAGCAUCCAACUUAAUGGCAAGUGGGGUAGUUCUGACAGAGCCUUCCUGCCACAAAUUGAUGAGUAGAGAAUCAUGCAUGUUGCAAAUGGGGCAUGCUGACACUCCGCUGAAAAGCCUGGUGUUCACUCAUAUCAUGUAAAGCGUUUUGCUAGAGAUGCUAAUUUGUAACCCGUUUAAAACAUAAAACUCUGAUCCAUUGUCAGUGAGUCUGUAAUACACAUUGGCACUUUAUAUCAUGUAAACUAUAAGUGCAAUCCAAUAUGAAAAUGUAUUAUAUUUUGAUUACUAUUUAAGUGUACAUCAUUUUUUGGAAGUCCACCAAUAUAUCUUCAGCUUCAUACAUGCACAGCAAAACUCCUUCAUACUUGCAACUCACAUUUUGUCAAGAUGAAAUUUUACUUUUCCAACAAACUUGAGCGAUAUUAGCAGUGUGUGUUGGGCACAUUGUGAAUGUCCUAAUGUAAAAGUUAUGUCAUACAGACGUAAAUAUGUGGAAGUUUUGUAAGUCGCAAAUAACACUAGGAUCAUAUUGUACAAUCAUAUGGAAAGGAAGCACUUUGCCAGUUCCACAGUGUAUUGGUUUAUAUUUCUUUUUAUAUUUCUAUGGUUUUCAGUGCCUGUAAUUAAACCUUUACACUGCCAAUGCGUGUAAAUAGUUUUCUUUAAAUUCUACUGACUGAACUUCGGAUUAAUUUGAAAUUGAUGGAUGAU